GCAAUAGUACUGUGAAGCCAGGUCACAAGCGAGAAGAAGAAUAGUAGAGCAAGAAACAAAGAGAUCGGAGCCCAGAACCCAUCAAUGACGGCUACCCCUUGGUUUGUUCCUUUGCUGUUUCUUCUUGUUCUGUCAUCGACUGGGGAGACCAUCGGGAGGCCAUUCUACCCUUUGCCCAGCAAGCUUGAUCUCAAGGACAAGCAGCCUCUGCAGAUGUCUAGGCCUUUCAACAUCGCUCACAGGGGAUCCAAUGGGGAGCUCCCCGAGGAGACGGCGGCUGCUUAUAUGAGAGCCAUCGAAGAGGGGGCCGAUUUCAUCGAGACCGACAUCCUUGCGAGCAAAGACGGGAAGCUGGUUUGCUUUCAUGACGUUACUCUUGAUGAUACUACUGAUGUUGGUGAGCGUAAGGAGUUUGAGGGUAGGGAGAGGACUUAUGAGGUUCAAGGGGAGAAUGUCACCGGUUUUUUCGUGGUGGAUUUCACACUUGCCGAACUUAAAUCACUAAGGGUGAAGCAGAGGUACAAGUUUCGAGAUCAGCAGUAUAACGGGAAGUUCUCAAUUAUAACAUUUGAAGAGUUUAUUGCAAUUGCACUAGAUGCUGACAGAGUUGUGGGGAUAUACCCAGAGAUUAAGAACCCAAUUUUGAUCAAUCAACAUGUCAAAUGGGAAAAUGGAAAGAAAUUUGAGGACAAGUUUGUAGAGACGCUCUUGAAGUAUGGGUACAAAGGUGCAUAUAAGUCAAAAGAUUGGCUAAAGCAACCAGCAUUUGUACAGUCCUUCGCACCAACUUCCCUUAUUUAUAUUUCAAACUUCACGGACUUACCCAAAGUCCUCUUGAUCGAUGAUAUCACGAUUCCAACUCAGGAUACAAAUCAGUCAUACUGGGAGAUUACGUCGGACAGUUAUUUAGCAUUUAUAAAAGACUACGUAGUUGGAAUUGGACCCUGGAAAGACACGGUAGUUCCUCCAGAGAAUAAUUGUUUGACGACGCCUUCCGAUCUCGUUGCAAAAGCCCAUGCUCAUGAUUUACAGGUACAUCCAUACACUUACAGGAACGAGAACCAGUUCCUACACUUGAAUUUUUACCAGGAUCCAUAUGAAGAAUACGAUUACUGGAUCAACAAGGUCGAGGUUGACGGAUUAUUCACUGAUUUCACCGGGAGCCUCCACAAGUAUCAAGAAUGGACAGCUGCAGUGAGCAAAGGUGAAAAUGGUGCAUCCAACUUAUUGCAUAAGAUCUCAUUCAUGAUCUCUUCUUUCAAGGGGGGAGUAUAAAUUCCCACUUGCCUGCCUUCAUGACAUUGGCGUAUGCAUCUCCGUGCAAUUAGAAGAUGAAAGCCUUUUGUAAAAGCCAAGAAAGCAUUCAGUCAAAAGAAUUUACUAUUCUAUGAUUUACCGCCCACAAUUGGUCAUACUAGAAAAUGUAAAGAACUUGAUUAUAAUGUAUCACAGCCAUGCAUAGGUUGGUUGAUGAAAUUAUGAACGAAGCAGAAUUCUUGAUUUAGAAUAA